AGCGAAAGGAGACUACACAUACACUACUUGGGAAACUAGUGCAUCUUCUUGCGAAGGAGCGAAAGGCAAAGGGGACACAACAGGCAAAAGUUCAAAAAGCAAAAGUAAGGGAGCGAAAGGAGACACGACGUGGGCAGCCGCUGAAAUAGACCUUCACCCUUCUUCUCCUGGAGACGAUGAGAAGACUUUUAACUCUAUGUUCCUAGAGAUGAUGACUGCAAGUGGAGGAAAAGAACUACCGGGAGGUGGACGCCUAUUAGGACAGAAAGGUGUGAGCAGCUAUCUUCAAAUGUGGGACGAGGCUAUGCUGGAGUAUCAAUCUGGGGAGAUGAUCAAAGCACGACGAGGUGUACUAGAGCAGUCAAACUUUGUUAAGGCUCGACGCAAUGAUGUCAAAGCAUCAGUAACUAUUAAUUUAUCUCCACACGUCGAUGCAGAUUGCUUAUUAUUUGUCCAAGGAUGCAUUUUUCAUUUUCUUGGAAGAUUCUGAAAGCCGCGGGAAUAUGUCCUCGGUAGAACUAAAAAAUGACUUAGGGCUAGGGUGAAGGCUAAGCAAAGGCGCCCUAUCCUAUGAUCCUAUGUAUAUAUCCUUCUUAGUUUAAAGGUCAUUUGUAUUUGAUUUGGUGCAGGGAUUUUUAGCUCAGUACUGCAUGCAACCUACGAUCUAGUCCUUUCUUUUCUAACUCAUAGCAGUAUAAUUCGUCUUAUGUGGCAGAGGUAGACGCAACCUCCGCGAUGAGGACGUCGGCAGCCGCACGCGCACAACGUUAUACUUAAGGUUUGUGAACAAGUACAAGAGCUAGCCACUCGUGUUAGACUUCAUGGAAUGGCUUGACAUGGAACUAGUGCAGUGAACUUUCAUAUAAUCUAGAGUCUAGUCCUCUCAUUAUGACAAUUAUUUGAAUCGUAUUCGCCAUUUUUCUUCCCAGGAAGAGGAACUACAUUGCUUGGCUCCAUUUCUCUUUCUUCUCUAGAAAUAAGGAAACAAACUCGAACAAAAUACAAGAAACAAGCUUGAGACGCUUUUUGUUCUAAGAUUACCACGAUCCUACAAGAGCAGCAGCUGCUUACCAGGCUACAAGAGCAGCAGCAAAUUACACCCAGGCAAAGCAGCAGCAUCACGUAGUCGUGCCUCCAGGAAGUAGCGCCGUUAUACCUUCGGGAGCCACUGUUUUGUCGUCAGGAUCCGCUGCUCCUUAUCGCGUUCCGGAAGGAUACAUGUUAGUUCCGACUAAUGCCGCUGCUCCUGGUGCUGCGACCAAUACUGCUGCUCCGACUACUGCUUCUCCUGCUUUAAGGCUGUAGUUCUUGCUUUAGACUUUUGAUGAUCAAGGCUCCUGUUGCUUUAGCGGACUUCGAAUUAGAUCCGCAUGAACAUGAAGAUCUGUACCUACUUAUUAUAUCUCUAGGUUAAUACUAUUCCAUGUCUACCUGCUGUAUCUUUUCUUUGCGUUUUCCUUCGACGUUUAAAACCUACUUCUUGUAUGUAGCGACUUUAAAAAUAACCACCUACCACCUGUAGUGUGGUGGGACGCCAUGGGCUGAAGCAUCAUCAUUUUUCGAUUAGCUAGUAAGUUAUCUGUAUCUUUGGAACAACUUGUACUUGUUUAACAUACAAACAUGUAUAAAUAUUAUUAUGCGUAUGUUGCAGCGACGUUCUUUAAGGGAUUAUAUACUAAAGAAAAUGUUGAAGAAGAUCUCUACUCAACAAACAUGCUCUAAGUCUUGCUGAUUUCUACAAUAGACUGCGGACUGUCGCACCGUGCUGGCAGAGUCGAUAUCCGUUGUUGAUGCAGUUGUUGGGAGGUCAGUAUCCGACUCAACAACAUGGCUAUCCAGGACCACAACUCCUAUUAAGACUUGUUCCCCUAACUUCAGAAGCAUGAUCUUGAGACUUGAGAAGCAUCUUCAUCUCAAUGCUGUAUUCCCUUAAGUAGAGGUGAGGAAGGAAAUAGAUCCCAUCCGUAUCCGAGAUGAUGAAUCUUCUGGACCCCUGAGCUCGCUCUAAGUCUAUCAGGAGGGAGGCCAGUCGUUCCUCCACCACAGUUUCCUGCCAAUCCGCGAGUGAUGUCACCGGUAGAGGCUGCUCCUGCUCCUACGAACACAGUUUUCCCGAGUAUCAAGUCGAAGAGUAGCAGUAAAAUUAAGGCGACAAAAAUGAACAAGUAGAGUAAAAAGAGAAGCAGGAGUAAGAGCAGUAGAGUAAAAUAAGAAGCGGUAAAAGAAAAAGCAGCAUUAGAGGUAGGUUUUUGGUGCUCGCUUACCCCGCUUGUUAUACCUUUCUCCCUUAGAAGGAGAGGCAUAAAAAGCGGUAAGAAGAGCACCUUUAGCCUACUCCUAAAAGCAGCAAACAAUCAAUUUCUACAACAAGCCACUUCAAUUUCUGCCUAUUUCCCUCAAUCCGGCAAGAAAUGAGUUGCUUUGCGCUCUAAUAAAACGUCCAAAAAUCAGGAGCAAAUUCCCCACGCAUACUCUAUUGUUAAUAUGGCACGAAAAAGAGAGAAUGCCUCAGCUUCAGCAUACUCUUCUCAAUCACUUGUCCUUCAUUUCUUUUUCGUUUUCUCCUCGUAGUAAGCAGAAAGAUCGUUCUUAAUCAAAGACAAUACAGGCAGUACCUUACAGAACGAUACACAUGACUCACGGACACAAGUACUUACGUUGUAGGUAGAAAAAGUAGAAGCCAAGGAAAAAGCUGGCCUCAACAAGGAGGCGACUUCUGCGUUAGAAGCUCUAACGUGGCUCUCGGCUACGAGGAACAUGAAGAUGCGGCGUUGGCGUUGCCCCGUCAGCAACAUGUUGCUCGAGCAAAGGGAGUUGUUGAUGCAAGGGCAAUGGGUUGUGCUGAUGCUGAUCAAGACGCAGGAGCUGGCGAAGGAGCACAGGUAAAUGUUCGUGGAGGCCUCAAAAAGCAUCUGGACCUGAAUCAUGCGCAUCUCUUGUCCCACCAAAUAAUUCCUGACAAGCACACUGCCUCUUAUGCUUCGGACAUAGAGUCUUGUACUAGAAGUUUGAUCUUAUAUUUAGAUGAUCAUUAAGCAAGAUUAAGUUUAAGCGGUUAGUUUUUUUCCCUCAUGUCCUGGACCUAUCCCUCCAAACAAUGAAUAAGAAAGUAGUUGGCAGGAGGAGGAACGCACUCAUGACCUGGUUUUGAUCACAUUGUUUUACUUGUGUACUAGUCAUAAGUAGUCGUGUUUAAUGUAUGAGGAUUGGUGAUAGGAAUAGUGAUUCCUCUAAGAAAAAAGUCCACCAACAUACAAGGAAGUCAAGCGGGGUCUGUUCCAGGAACACAGAGCAAAUAAGAGCAGCGCUUUGAAGAUAAGCACCCGGUUGAAGGACAUUCCUAGCGAGGAGGUGAAGGGGGCCGUCGUUGUCCUCAGGCGUCCAACGAGACCUCCUGUCGUGGUGUCCUCUGAAAAUUAUGGCUGCGAGGUCGGACUAGCAGAAAGUGUUGUAGUCGUGAAUAAGAUUUUUACUUAUUUUUAAGGGUAGGUUAAAGGUGCUUUUCUUACCGCUUUUUAUGCCUCUCCUAAGGGGGAAAGGCAUAUAACAAGCGGGGUAAGCGAGCACCAAAAACCUACCUCUAAUUAUUCUCGUACUAUUUCGUACUUUUUUGGAUUCAGGAUUGCGGAAUGUAUGAGUCAUAUAUUGGAAUGGCGAGGAUAUUGGAACUACGUACGCGUCGCUUCAGUAAGAGUCCUGGUCCUCUAAAUCCUGAAUCCAAAAAGUGGUGAUAUUGAAACUACGUACGCGUCGCUUCAGUAAGAGUCCUGGUCCUCUAGAACUCUCGCAUUGAUUUCUAAUAAUCUGCUUCUUCUGCUGCACACGAGGAGAAAGAAAACAUAAACAACUUCAGCAACAAGGAUAGUACUGCGCGAGCAUCAGGAGAAAGUCCUUCCAAUGCCAAGAUGAAAACUGCGAGGGAAAGAUUACGAAAUCUGAAGCGCGAACUGGCGACAAAAAAUCUGCCUCAAGCCCAACGCGAUAAAAAUUACGAACACAUUAGUAAAUGUGAUACUUCCCUCUUGUUUAGUUCUCACAGCCAUAGGCAUACCAGAAAAAUUAGAAUAUGAUUUCCAUUUCCAUCAGUCGAAAAUCAGAACUAUCACGAACUCUACUUAUCGAGGUCGUUUUUAGAUUUAGUCCUCUACAACAAGGAUCUAGUGAUGCUUCACUGAAAUACUAUGUAUUUGUAUUAUAAAUCAAAAUCUUCAAUAAAUCAUCAAUAGAGUUCAUCCGCUUGCCCAAGAGCCAUUGCCUUCUUCUAAGGCGAACAACCUUCCGAACAAAAAGCUGAAGCAUCGAUGGCUCAGAAUCAUCGUGCACAGAUAGACCAGUUGGGCAACAUUGUUGGGGAAACGGCCAUUAAUAACGCUGCGGAUGGUGCUUACCAGGAGUUGCAAGACGGCGACGGGCUCGGGGAAACGCCGACUAACCCUGCGAAUAGUGCGCGCAAAGAGUUGCUGUUGCAAGAGCUUGUGCUUGGGGAAACGCCGACUAACGCUGCAAAUAGUGCACGCAAAGAGUUGCUGUUGCAAGAGCUUGUGCUUGGGGAAACGCCAACUCCAGAUGCGAACUGUACUCACGAGUUUUUAGCCGCUGUCGCAUCGAGCGUGAGAAGUGACACUUAAGAAACAUUGAUAUUAGCAAGCUACUAUUCCUCUUGAUAAGCACAAGGUAAAAAUUUGAAAAUGAUGUUCUUUAGAAGCACCUUGAUGAUGCUGAAACUUAUGGACCUACAACUACUUCUACCUAACUAACUAAGAAAGUAACUAACAUUACUUACAGCUGGGAGUGGGACACUUUAUCAUUUGUUGAUUUUUAGUUCCGUCAGUUUUUCAUGUCCGCAGAAGUUUUCUUUCAAAAGCAACCUUCUGAAACUCCUUAGUCUUCUUUUAGAGACCCCUUACAUACGCUAAUUAAUCCUCAGCACUUCCUCGUGAUAGAUGUAGUUGUAUAUCGUCCAAAGAAAUCCAAAAAAAAGGGUCAGCCUCUCAGUUUCAAUGGAUCCUCUUUCAAUGGCCCCUCUUAAUUUCAAUGGACCCUCAGCAUCAGUGGUCCCUUUCUAAUGCUCUUUGGUGCAAGAUCUGCGGGAAACGGGCACUAACUACUACGACUGCGACGCGGAAACUGCUCAUUCGAGGGAGAGUAGUCCUCAGCAGAGGAAGAUAACCCCAUUAAGGCUACUCCGUAGCCGUACUGAAGUAGCAUAAAUAAAUCCAUAUCCAUCCUUAAAAACAUCAUCCUACUACGUGUACCACGUACUGGAGUGGCAUAUCCUUAAUAUCAUCCUUAGAAGCCGCCUCGUUUCCAAGGUCUUAGAAGCCAUCAUCUUUUAGAGGCAAAAGAGAAGAAGUGGUCGAGAGUAUCAUAAUCAUCCUUAGAAGCUUCCUCUAUUUCAAGGGGAAAAGAAGAGAGGAAUAGUGAAAGUAGAACUGCAAAUCAAUAAUUAAAGCUGUCUUCAUUACCCCACGAAUGGGUACACUAGUACUACUGCUACUAUCAAAGGCGGCAUUAUGUUGGAUAUCCAGGAGGAGGAACAUGAAAAAGAAGUGUCCACCAAGGGUACUAUUGCUAUUAAAUUAUAUCGUCUACUAGAACAACUGCAUUAUAUGUAUAUCUUUCUCAAGGAGGAUGAUGCGACCACGCGGUAGCUCUAAUGACCACUGACGACGAAGAAGAUGAAUUAGAAUUCUUAGCUGCCUUUUCAGAAGGUACGAAGUCACCAUCGGAGCACAGAAGACUCUCCAUAGAGUUAGACGUCGUUGACGAAGAUGCGGACCCGCCAAUAGGCUUGGACGCUGUAGUUGACGACGAUGCGGACCCAAUAGAAGGUUUCGACCCUUUCGCAUGGAGAAAGAAGCAUGAUGAAGCUUAGGAAAUUUAAAGCUACUCUUCCUCGGAGUUCUUGUAUACCUUAUUUAUUAGUGAGUAAUUAUUACUUACUAGUCUAUGAUAAGGUAUACAACUAUAAAAUAACUACUCUCCAUCUUCUUGAGCAGGGACAGCAUCAGCUUAUACAUAGUCUCGUGAUUAAGAAGUACCGUCUACGUCUAGUCCUUAUUUCACACUCUUCCUCUGCUAAUCCUGUUUUCUGGAGGAGCUUGGGCAGACGAGCACAACCUUCGAAUGGGACCCGGAUGCGAACGAAUUUAGAGAGCGUUCUUCUCCGAAGAAGAACGAUAGCGUUAAGGGUAGUACUUUUGAUAGAGAUCACUGAUGGACGAGACUCUACAGUGCCGUAGAUGAUGGGCUUCUUUCAAUACAUUCCUCCUGUAAGCGUCUUCUAAUUAUAUGGAGGAACUAGAUCGCCAGGAAAAGCAGGACGAGUCAGCGAAAGAUGCGGAAGAUGCUACUCCAUUUUUAAGCCACGAUAUUGACGCGGCUGACGUCGCAUGGAGCAGGAGACAUGAAACUUAAGAAACAUUUUUCACUAAUAUUCCUGCGACCCGACGCUUGAAGCACAUCAUAAAAAAAAAUAGCCGGUUAAUUUUCCCUCAUAACCUAGGUGCAUCCCACCAUGCAAAAUAUUGCUGAGAAUAAGCGCCGGCGCUUAGUUAGUAGUAAUAGAUAAGCCUCUGUACUAUCUCUUUCAAAACCCCCACCCCUUGUAGAAAUACAUCCUUAUCAUAGUAACUCGAUGUCUUUCAAAACCGGCCCUUACUUUUUACAGAAAUACAAUAUCCUUAUGCAUGGUAUUAUUUCGCUCGUCAUGCUCAUACUUAACCUAGGUCGUAGUUAGAUCCCUCAAUCAAUCAUAUCAAAUUCCACAUAUAGUACCCCACCUCUUGCACUAAUGAACUACAAAAAAAAAACCAUGACCUACAGGGUUAGAAGUACUAUCUUCUCAAAAAUCCUUAUAUAUUAGAGUACUACCCGCCCAACCUACUACUUGUAUGUAUGGUUCUGGUAUUUGGUAACCUGAGUUUGAUCCUAAUGGUUCUCUUCUUGUUUUCCCUUAGGAUCAAAUUCAGGCUACCAAAUACCAGAACCAUUCAUUGCGCUUCUCAAUCACAAUCUCUUUUUUCUAAUCUUCUUAUUUGCAAGAGCAUGGACAGACGACGCAAACUUUCGAGUGGGACCCGGAUGCUUGCCAGUUUAAGCAGAGUCCUGAGCAGACGGAGGCCACUACUUUUGACCCAGAAGGUUUUCGUCAUUUGUUAAGGCAACUACUUUCUGAAAGCAUUUGAUGAUCAUCAUCCUUGACCUUAGAUUGAUCAUUACCGCCCUCUUAGAAGACUCGAUCAGCUUUUUCGACAAGUAGGGGAAAAAAGGAAAGCGAGACGUCCGUAAAGGGAGACAACUGCAUCAACACAUACUUAAAAGGGGCAAGAAAGGGAGGAGCCUCCAAGGGGAUUAUGUUGCGACGUCGAGGAGGUAGCUCUAAUCUUGCAAGCGAUUGGGCUGCUGAAAGAAGCCACUGACAAUUAAGGCUGCAUUUGUUCCGGGGAAUAGAUACUUCGACGAGCAGUGACACGGUCACGUCCGCUAGACUCGGACCACCGCGCAUCGCCACUUGAUAUUGAUUGAUUCAUCUCCUAGUAUUAUUUACACAUACAAUUGAGUGGUGCUACUUCGGUGUCUGCUUGAGAACAACCAGCUCAACAAGACAAGAUCAUGGGGUUGGGAACAACAACGUUUCUUCUAUCAUAUACACAUACAGUAAUCUCUUACUCUCCUCUGAAAACAUACAAUAAUGAUCAUCUUGAACUAAUCCCUCACUCUCCUAUCAUACUUGAAUAGAUACUUAAUCUCCUUUGAAGGAUCACGGACGUGAAAGAUGAUCUACGGACAGUUCUAAGACGAUGCCAAGAAAAAGCAAAGGCCUUCUUCCUCUUCUUCUACAUCCACUACCUCACGACCGGGACCGAAGGAGCGUCAGAGUCAGAGCAGUACCAGACAAGGUAUCUCCAUUAAGGGUUUCCGAGUUUUUACAUCCUCCACUAGCUACCAACAUCCUUGGCCUAGUAUUUUCUAGUAGAGACGAAAAGGCCAAGGAUCUUCUGAAGAAUGUAAUUCUGCAACCUCAUCUAAAAUCAAGAAUAAGAAGAGGACUCUGAGGACUCUGAGCACCAAAGAAGAGGCGAUCGCGUCUCAACACUCUCCUGCAGGCGUUGAAGUGAGCAUGCGACCGUCACAGGAAGAGUUCUUAGCCUUUUUACAAGGAACGAACUCUUCGGCGUCAGACCAAUUAGACGCUGUCACCUUGACCUGGAAACAUGAAACUUAUGCAAUCGAAAUAACUAUUGAUGAAAAUUAUAAGCAUAAGGCAGGUAAGAACAUGAAGAGCUAAAUACUUAUGUUCAUUGAAGUAGAUAAGCAUAAGUAACGGUAAGGCCCAGUGAACUACUAAAAAAUAGGUUUAUGUUGAAGAGAAGGUAACAAACUGUUGAAGAUUCAGGAAGGAAAAAUAGUAUCAGACACUGAAAGGGUGAAACUUUGUAAAGACCAUUCUUAAACUUGAAAAACAGGGAAAAUCAUUGCUCGAGACAGAACCUCCAUGGAGUUGUCUGAUACUUAAGGUGUACACAAGAACGAACUAAGUACAUGAAUCCUCAAACUUCUGAAUCAUUGUUCUCAUCUACAGAUUAAAAUUAUCUUCUUCUCUUUUCUAUGGAGUUGCUAGAUAGUACUUGAUCUUCUAUCUUCUAAACUCCUUGGCUUCAAAAAAGUGUUCCGGAGCAGCUGUUUCGUUGUGGUGCGCACUUUCUUCAUGGGCAAAAGCUUGCAGCCUGGCGCAAGAUUCUGUACGAGCCAGAUCCCAGAUUUCGCGCUUAUCUUCUAUACUUAUGGCGAUGAGCAGUGGUCUAAAUUACAACUUCUCACGUAGUUCUUUGAAGCCAGGUCCUUUGAAGCCAGUAGGAGGAGGAGAAAAGUCCACACGUUUCUCCAUUGAGUUUGAAGUGACAGCAUAGAUGUUGGCCAUAUAGAUGGACGAGUGACUUUUUUCGAUUUAGAAGCAUGCUUCUAAUAUUCGAUUCUACCCAAGGCGUGACGAAGCAAGAAGUAGAGUCUUUCUGGUCACCAGCGCGGUUGCAGAAAGGACGAGCGCACUGGCUCUUAGCAGUCAAAUUGACGCCAGACCUCUAUUCUGUUAUGGAAGGUGGACACCUUUUUUCAGCUUAUUAACUCGAUCGAUUUCCAUUUUCCUUUUUUUAAUUAGUUUCAGUGUCCUCGUGAAAAGAUACUUAUACUUGAUUGAUUUCCAUUUUCCUUUUGAGUCUCUGUUCUAGCUGUUAGAGUUAGGGCUCCACCACGACUGGAAAUAUGUAUGAUAGAAGUACCGAUCAUGGCUUGAACACUCACUCCCUAUCCUACUUCUAAUCUCCCAAUGUUACAAGAGGUGGACGUGUAUUGUCAGCGAUUUUCCUGGUUUGCGCGCAGGUUAUGGAAUCACACACACUCGCAAGACGCGUCGGGAAACGACCCGUCAAGAAGAAAAUAUUAUGAGAUGACAGACUCUGACUCAACCUUUGGAGAUAGCAUCAUGUUGAAUUUAAGCUUAAGCAAGCCUCUCUCUCUAUCAAGCUUUCACUGAUUACGAGAUAGACAGACUUCCGCCCAGUAGUAUUUUAUUUAUCGUAUAAGACGCCUAUCUAGAAACAAGGCAAAGGAGAAGGACACACGACAGACACAUUCCCCUCGUCUACAUCUACAUCUACUUCUACAUCUGCAUCACUUCUAACGCCUCUUUUGCUUGAACAACGAUCUAGCGGACGUAAAAAGCGAAAGUUAUAGAGGCCUGGUGGCCGAAUACG